AUGGCGGAGUCCUGGUCCGAGGUGUUCUCGCGAAUCCCUCCGCACUUUUGGGGUCACAUGGGCAUAUUCUUGUCGCUCGGUCUCUCAGUGUUAGGCGCAGCAUGGGGAAUUCUACUUUGUGGACCUUCUAUCAUGGGCGGGUCGAUUAAGGAGCCCCGCAUCACUGUCAAGAACCUUGUAUCAGUAAUUUUCUGCGAGGCGGUAGGCAUCUACGGUCUCAUCGUCGCCGUGCUGCUUGUGAACGCAUCACUGCAUUUUACCGCCAUCGAGUGCCCGAAGAACAUGAAGGCUGAUCUAGCUAUUACGGCGAAGUAUUUCGUCGAGGUGUACCGCGGCUACUCCAUGUUUGCCACCGGACUCAUCGUUGGACUGUCGAACCUCGCUUGCGGGCCUCUUUGGAGUCAUCACUGGAGUCGUUCUCAUCAGCACAGCGCCUUAGGGCUGAGUCUUGUAACAAAACAUCGCGAAUAA